AUGAAUAAAGGGAAGGAACCCACGCUGGUUCAUCGAAAGAUCGCCGUUCUCGGUUUUCGCGCUGUCGGCAAGAGCUCUUUGACCCAUUCCUUCGUUUCGGGUACCUUUUCUGAAACGUAUGAUCCAACCAUUGAAACGACGCACAGCAAGACCAUCAGAUUCCGCAAAGUUCAUUUCGCGACAGAUAUUGUAGAUACGGCUGGAAUGGAUGAGUACUCCAGACUUUCGAGAAAUGCAUCGCUCGGCGUUCAUGGCUAUGCGUUGAUUUUUAGCAUUGUCUCUCGGCAAUCUUUCGAUAUGAUCGCCCUGGUCAACGAUUCACUGUUGAACACGCUCGGUGAUGCGCCCGACGUUCCCCGUGUUCUGGUUGGAAGUAUGGCUGAUCUGUCUGAAGAGCGACAAGUUACACAUGCGGACGCCCAAAAACUGGCCGAUGCGUGGGGAAUUCCGUACGUCGAAUGUUCUAGUAAGACAGGGGAGAACGUGGCCGAUGUAUUUCACACGCUUUUGAAAGAGAUUGAAAAGGAUGAUGGUCUUUUGAAGGAAUCCGGCGAAACCGGUUGUGCCAUUUUCUAA